AUGGAGAAGCUGCAGCUUUGGUUCCUCAUCCUCGCUGGCCUCUCGGGAGCCCUCACUCAGUCAGAUCUUUAUGGGCAGGUGUUUGUUUUUCCAAAGGAGUCUGCUGAUGCCCACGUUAUCCUGAACAUGAAUAACAGUGGCCCUCUGCAGACCGUCACAGUGUGUCUGAGAUACUUCACUGACCUAACCCGGCCCUACAGCCUGUUCUCCUAUGCUACCAGGGCCAGAGACAACGAGAUCCUCCUCUUCAAAGAGAAGCCUGGGGAGCUCCGUCUGUUCGUCGGAGGCGAAGUGGUCACCUUCAAAGUCCCAGAAGGAACAGGCACAAGCACUGAGUGGGUGCAUGUCUGUGCCAGCUGGGAGUCUGCCACCGGCAUAGCCGAGCUCUGGGUGAAUGGGAGCCCCUUACCCAGGAAGGGGCUGAAGAAAGGCUACUCUGUCAGCAACCAGGGUGUGAUAGUCCUGGGGCAGGAGCAGGACUCCUUUGGGGGUGGAUUUGAUGCCAAGCAGUCAUUUACAGGGGAAAUUGCUGAUGUGUACAUGUGGGACCAUGCCACCCCAACUGCUGUAAUGCAGGCUGCCAAUGAUGAUUCGCAGCUGCCCACCUCCAUUGUGGGCUGGGGCAAUUUGCACUAUCAAAUAAAGGGUUACGUGGUACUGAAACCCAUGCUGGCAUAA